AUGUCAAGGCCGGGACCCAGCCCGCCUGCUGCUCUGGUGUAUGCACAGAUCUCGAUAACGAUGUCGCCGGCUGUGGUGCAUGUAACUGUACCAGUCAAGCACCAGCCUGCUGCUCCGCAACCUGCACUAACACAGCCACCGACCCGAACAACUGCGGCCUAUGCGGUAGCAAAUGCACAGGCACCAACCCCGCCUGCUGUAACGGGAUAUGUACGGAUCUUAGCACAGAUCCCGCCAACUGUGGAUCUUGCUCAGCGAGCUCGUGUACUGGUGUUAAUCCGGCUUGCUGUUCGGGGACAUGUGUCGAUCUUAAUUCCGACACUAAUCACUGCAGCUCAUGUUCGGCUUUGCCGUGCGGUGGAGCACAGCCUGGCUGUUGCUUUGGGCAGUGUACAGACCUAUCUACCAGUUUGCAACAUUGUGGAUCUUGCACUGCUGCAUCAUGUCCUGGCUUGCUGCCGGCUUGCUGUAAUGGAGCGUGUACCGAUUUGA